AUGCCCAUUUCUGUGCUCCAAUUUUUGCCUUCUUCUUCUUCUUUUUCUUUUGUGUUGCUUCAACAAUUAUUGGAACUUGAAGGUGAAUUGGUCCGGGUAAAACGAAAAAAGUUAUUUCGAAUUCAUUAA